AUGAACACAACGACCCCAUAUACCCCGGUUGUGUCGAUAAUCGGGUUUCACCAUGCGAGGGGACCUGAGGUUGAGCAUUGGAUUGGAGUUGAUGACGAAGAUCAUAUAUCGGAAUGGCCGCUGCUCCCUUUUCUGGCACUCGCCGAUGGAGCCCAUUUCGCAGAAGAAGACUUUUCGUAUUUCACCCUGAAGCACGAAACAGCCUCAGGGCCGACAACUCUGUUCGGGAUAUCCUGCACUAGACAGCUGGACUCGAAUGAGCUUAUAGACCGGCCUGCAGAUGUCACGCGCUCCACGGUUCAGAAGGCUGUAGUCGUUAUUGCGAACAGCCCAACGUUCUUCUUUGGACAUUUGAAGCAACAGCUCUCAGCCGUAACGACAGCUUGGUUUGCACAAAGGAACUUCGAGGAUUUGGAUAUUAUAACGAAAUUUCAAGAGAGCUUGAAAAAAGCUUUCAAAGAUAUCGAACAUGGACGCGAACAGUAUGUUGGUUUGUCACUUCGGGAAUUGGUUUACGAAUUUCGGCACCAGACACUAGUGUUAUUCAAAUGUGCUCUUUUGCAACCUAAGGUUAUGCUAUUCUUUGGCUCACGGUGUGAAAGGCUUUGCAUGACACAGUUUUCACUUCUUUCGCUUGUCCCAGGGCUGCUGCGAAACCUAGAAGAUUGCAGCGAUCCUGAUCUAAAUAGCUAUGAAUCUAAGCUAAGAAAGCCAACGUCUGUCAAGACUAGCGAUAGGCAAUCUCUUCUGAAAUUUAUGGGUUUCCCCCUUCAAAUUUUCGGAAAGGGAGCUCUAUUUGGACCAUAUACCCCCUUGCAACAGCUCGAUAUCCUUGCAGACUUUGGCACAAAGUCCUAUAUCGUUGGUUCGACAAAUUCCUUGUUACUUCAACAGAGAGACAGGUACUCGGACAUACUUGUAAAUCUCGAUGAAAAUUCUAUUAAUGUGACAUCUCCGUCCUUGCGUGCUGCAUUAGUACUCUCGGCCGCCGACAGGAGAUGGAUAGAUGCUCUAGUAUUUUCAGUCACAGAAUCCUGGGAUGAAGCAGAUCCAUCACGGCCGAAGACCAUGGGCUUCGUUGGAAGUGAGGAUUAUAUCCGUCUUCAGUUCGAGGAGUAUGUUCUCUCCAUGGUGUCAUCGGUGAAAUAUCAUCUAUUUUUGGAUAAACAUCAUGGGUCGGAUCAAAAUUUAUUUUUACCAGAUAUCGAGGGAGAUCCGGCAUACGAUUUUCAGAUGGACUGGGUGGAUUAUUGGAAAAUGACAGAGAAUUUCCGUAUAUUCCAAAAGUUCACUGAUUCUGAGUUGUUUGAUCUUGUACCGCCAAAACAUGUGAUGGCUGGUGGUCUUACCAUGGAAGAUGUUCAACGACGAAUUGUCCAACAAAUGAGGGAAUUGGGAGUAGACGAGAAGGUUAACCGUGGCCGAGAAGUCCUCGCCACAACUCUAGCUUCGGGCCGCACCAAUGUCACGACAGUAUUCAGUAACCUGUCGAAGAAUGUAGAGAAGUUUAGGGAGCAACGAAGGUCCCAGGAUGUUACCCCCCAACCCAAUCCCGACGUCAUCACAAGCCCGACAAGUGAAGGUUCACCAGCUACAGAAUCUGUCUCGGCUUUGACCGCGGCUACUACCACCACGAGUACAGUAACUCCCGCGACACCAGUGGCUGAAACAGUAACCCGUGCUGGGACAUAUUUCUCGUCCUGGGCAGCUUGGGCUGGGGAAAAGAAAAAAGCCUUUGUAAAGCCCGCCAUCACCAGUCCUCCACCGGAGCCAGCCACAGAUGCAAACGAAAAAUCUCUACCUCCUGAUCCCCCAAAGAAGUCUUUUGAGGAGUCUAUCUUCGAUGCAAGAGCAAGAGCUGCAUACGGCGGGUCUGACUCGCCUGUUAUGUCACCCCAGAGGAACAGUGGCAGUGGCUUUCCCCUCGGUGCAGCGAAGAACUUGGAUGAAGAGAAGAGUGUUGGCCUUGGAAUUGCUAACCUAGAACCCAAGAACUCAUCUGUCCCAACUACUGAGCGGCCAUUGCCUCCCAAGUUGGACAAGGAUGAGCCUGCUCUACCAGCUCUACCGGUGGAAAAGGAGGAAGAUGAGAAAGAUAUACCUCUUCUAACGCAAACGAAGGCAGUUCUACCAGUCGACGAAGAGGAACGGCGAAGCAUGCCUCCAUCGACGCCAGCGAAACAAGUCCUAGCCGAGGAAGAGAGAAUGAAAACGGAUAUGCCUUCAGUGACACCGGCGAAGUCAGCCCUGCCAGUCGAGGAAGAAGGGGGGGAAAGGAGCAUACCUUCUCCGACACCUGCGAAGGCAGUUGAGGAGGAAGAACAAAGCAUGUCACCCCCAACCUCAACGGAGAAAGCUCCAAUGUGCGGGGAAGAGCAAAUGGAAAUGGGUAUGCAUUUGGCAGCGCCAGUGGGGUCAGCUCUGUCAGUGGAGGAAGAAAAAAUCGAAAAUGUUAUGCUUCCUCCAGCGCCAGUUAAAUUGGCCCUGCCAAUUGAGGAAGAGGAUAUACCUCCUCCAACGCCUGUGAAGGAUGAGCCGAAAACAGUCUUCCCGGUCGUGCAAGAAGAAGCCCUUCAAGUAUCACUGGAUAUUGAGUCGAGUCGCAACUCCGGGUUGCCUGUAGAGAAACCUGUUGAGUCCCCAGUACUAGAGCCUGAGAGCAUCGAAUCUACUCAAUCACUUGCAUCGGCAUUGGAGGUAGAAAUACCUACGAAAACCGAAACUGAUACCGCUCAGCCCCUCGCAUCACCAGCUGAGAAGGUUGAAUCUCCGAAACUGGUUGUACGGAAAAGGAGAGUGGUAGCUGAACCGACUCAACCAUCUUCACCAGUUUUGGAAAAAGUAGAAAGGCCUCUAAGACCGGGAAGACUUGCGCAGACCCCCUUUGGGCCAACUAUAGGAGUGACCUCCGAGAUCUCCUCAGUCGCAGAAAAGUCAUUCAGGCGUUCUAUUCCAACUUUCGAGACGGCCAUCGGCUCCAUCAAGUCCGAGAGGGUGUCACCAGAACCCAUGAAAAGCCCCGAUUAUAAUAAGGCUUCUCCGAUGGAGGCGAUUUCGGCUAGAGCGAAGUCACCCGAGUCCUUUAUGGUUGGAAGGCAUAUAAGAGGCGAAUCCGUUACCCAUACCUCUCCCCAAGAAACCAUCAUCAAGCCUUUAAGUCGUGCAGGAACCGAAUCCGCGACGAUUGGUCUCAAAACCUCAGGAGAGUCCCUAAGAUCAACGAGAUUUAUGAGAAGCGAGUCUCCAGUAACCAGCACUGGGGAGCCUGUUCUUAAGCCCACAAGGCAUACCAGAAACGACUCCGGGAGUUUGAGUCCUGUCAGAGAGCCUGUCAGAGAGCCUGUCCUGAGACCCAUCAGGCACGCAAGAACAGAGUCGGGAAGCAUGAACUCCGACAAUAGCGUUUUGAGGUCUGUAGGGCAUGUGAGGGCUGAAUCUGGAAGCACGGGCCUUGACAAAGUUGACCGAGAACCUAUUUUGAGACCUAUAAGACACGCAAGAACAGAGUCUGGAAGUAUGAACUCCGACAAUGAUUCUGUUUUGAGGUCUGUGGGUCAUACAAGGACCGAUUCCGGGAGAAUGAGUCCCGAAAAGGAUUCGAGCCUGAGAUCCAUUGGCCACAUUAGAAGUGAAUCCGGAAGCACGAGCCCAGAAAAACCAGCUCUCAAACCUGAACGGAUCAAGAGUUCUAUUGCAGAGCGUGCAAAGAGAUUUAGCCAGCAAGAAGAUCCAGACGCCCCAAAAUCUUCAUUUGCUGCCAGAAGAGCUAUGUUUGAGAAGAAGUGA